UAGCUGUCGUGAGAAGCUCUGCAUGAUAUCGUAGAAAGUCGAGGAAGAGUUUUAGAGAUUCAAAAAAGCAAAUGUCGUUGCAGGAACAAUUUCCAUUGUGAUUAAUAAACUUUGUUACCCCAAGAGAAAAUAUUGAGAUGCAUGAUACCUGCCGAGCCGAGCCGAGAUCAACAGCUUCGCUAGGCUGAAGCUCCGAUUGACGUCGUCGACGAUAAAGCUACCCUUGCCAACAACACCAGAUGUAAUCAGAACAGAACGCCGACAUGGCUGAGGGCUCUGAGGAUCAAGGCGACACGAAAGACGCGAAAGAUAUAGAAGAUAGUCGCGAUGAAGCAACGACAGAGGAUAACGAAGAGGAGGAAGAGGAGGAGAGUGAAGAGAGCGAAGCAGAAGAUGAGGCAGACGACGAUGAGCCCGAGGACGAACCCAAGCUGAAAUACGCCCGAUUAACAAGUCAUCUGGGCCCUUUAUAUCGAAAUGGAGAUGCGACAAGUACCUUCCUCGUCGGCGGCGACAAGAUGGUUAUUGGGACACACAACGGCAAUAUUCAUGUGUUGUCUCUACCAUCAUUCCAAUCUCUGCGAGUCUACCAUGCCCACACUGCCUCCGUCUCCGCCAUCUCCAUAUCACCAUUUCCCCCGCCUCUCCCCAAUGGCCUUCCUGAAGGAGUCGCGCGAGUCGCACCACAGGCCAAGACACCACAAAGGACACCUACUGUAGCUUCAACCUCUUCGAAACAAUCUCCCCGAACUCCACAAGCGCAAGUUGUCCCAAACACGCCUUCAAAUGCUAUAUACAUUGCAACUUCUUCAAUAGAUGGCAAUGUCUGCGUGGCCUCACUGGUGGAUAUAAAAGAUGUCCAGUUGCGAAACUUUGCCAGACCUGUUCAAGCAGUGGCUCUUUCGCCUGACUACAAGAAUGAUCGAGCAUAUAUUUCUGGUGGGCUGGCAGGAAACUUAGUUCUGACUGUUGGUGGGCGAGCAGGCACUAAUUCAACUUCUACGACGACUGGAUCAGCAGCAGCAACUGCAUCUGGGUGGCUUGGAACGAUUGGUCUCAGUGGUAAUGUUGGAAAGGACACUGUUCUUCAUUCCGGCGAAGGCACUAUUAGUACCAUUAAAUGGUCUCUGUCUGGGAGAUAUGUUGCCUGGAUCAACGAACAUGGGGUCAAGAUUAUGCGGUCAAACUUGCACCUGGACAGUGCUGAUGCUGACUCUGCCUGGAAGAGGAUAGGUCACAUUGACCGGCCGCAAGAUAACGGCUGGGAGGAGAUGGCCACUGUAUGGAAAGGCCGUGUGGAGUGGAUUGAUGAAAAGAGUCUCGAGACCGAUGAAGACGACAAAUUGCGCGAGAGUGGCAUUUCAUCACCAGCCACGGCAAAAUUGCGACAACAAGCAUCGAAGAAUAGUAUGCGAAUUGAGAAGCUCCUGGUCGGAUGGGGUGGCACCAUCUGGAUUAUCAACGUCCAUCCUGGCGGAGUGGGCGUUGGAAAGAACGUUGGAGAACGGUCAGUGGGUUGGCCCGAGAUCAUCAAAAUUUUACGUGUUGAUUGCAUUAUUUCUGGAUUGUCAUUAUAUACCCCGACUUUGCUUCUUGUACUUGCUUAUAUCACCCCAGACGAGGAAGAGGAAGUGGAGAAAAAGCCCUCAAAGAAACACAAGUCCAAGGCGUCGACAGCCUCCACAAGCAGUAGCGAACCGCAAGGAGGCAUACGUCGACGGCAGAAUGCCCUCUCACCCGAGCUUCGACUGAUUGAUUUGAAUACUUCCCAGGAAGUCGAUACAGAUACAUUGACUGUCAGCCGGUUUGAGAGACUGUCUGCAACAGAUUAUCAUUUGGGAGUUUUGCCUGCUCCGCGAAAAGUUUCAAGUCGACACACGUCUCGUGGAACGCUUGAGACUUUGACGGCAAUGGGCAGUGGGAUGUGGAACUCGACCAUUAAUGCUACUGCACUGCUCAGUUCUGCUGCAAGUACUCGCAGUAAUGGUAGCGGAAAUUCGAAUCCUCCUGCGGGAGGAAGCGCUACGAGUAGUGCCUUGGGAAAGAGGCCUGGACAGCGAAAUCCCAACGUCCACCCACAUCUGUCAGCCCAAGGAAUGAAAAUCUUCAUUCACAGUCCAUAUGACUGCAUUCUCGCUACAAAGAGAGAUCUUGCCGAUCAUUUGACUUGGCUUUUGGAGCAAGAGAAGUACAAGGAAGCUUGGGAGCUGAUUGACAAUCAUCCCGAGGUAAUAUCGUCUUCACCCGAAAAGCUCGCAGAAAUUGGUCCUGCUACUCCAGACCGAGCUCAAGCAAGCAGUGAUGACUUCUACGACGAUGGCACUUCAACAGUGGAUUCAGCCAGCAGGUUAAUCAAUUCUGCUGUGGAAAAGGAGAAACGCCGUGUGGGCGAACUCUGGAUUCAGCAACUGAUCAAAGCUGACGAUUGGACGACUGCUGGCAAAGUUUGCGGGAGAGUUCUGGGAACUCCACAGCAGUGGGAGGACUACGUCUACACUUUCGUUGGAGCGAGCAAAUUUGACGAGAUCACCAAUUAUAUACCAACAACACAAAUGCGUCCACCGUUGAAGUCGGAAAUCUACGAAGUCAUCCUCGGACAUUACAUCGCGCGCAAUCGACCAAGGGUACGAGAGCUGCUGGAUCAAUGGUCUCCUGAUUUGUUCGAUAUCAAGAGUGUCACAACAGUCCUUGAGAAUCAGCUCAAAUAUCGAGAUGUUCGUGAAGAUAGCGUCGAAGACGGCGUCGCCGGAAGAGACUGGCGCAUUGUCAUGGAGAGUUUGGGUAAACUUCACGUUGCUGGUGGGCGACCCCGGGAAGCGCUGAAAUGCUACAUUCGCCUUCAAGACGCAGAUACUGCGAUGUCGUUGAUCAAAGGUUAUCAUUUGGUUGACGCUGUGGCUGAUGAUAUUCCUGGGCUCAUCAUGCUUCGAGUAUCAAAUGAGCAGAAACGGACAGCGCCCAAGGAAGAACUUCGCGAACUGACUUUUGAAGCAAUUUCUCUCCUGGUAAAUGAAGCACAACAUGGCCUCGUUAGCCCUCAGGUUGUGGUGAGCCAACUGCAGGAGAAGAACAUGACUCUUUAUCUAUUCUUUUAUAUUAGCUCUUUGUGGCGAGGGGAUGGUAUUGAAGAGCAUCAAGGUGAAAAUCGAGACAAACUGAUCUCGGAGAGUAAAGCUCUGGUCGACGACUUUGCAGAUCUUGCAGUACACCUCUUUGCCCUUCAUGAUCGGGAGCUACUGAUGGACUUUCUCAAGUCGUCGACGUUCUACACGUUCGAAAAGGCCACCCAAGAAUGUGAAGAACGAGAUUACAUUCCUGAAUUGGUCUAUCUCUACUCCAAGACUGGUCAAACGAAACGGGCUCUAACUCUCAUUAUCGACCGCCUUGCUGAUGUCUCACAAGCCAUCGCCUUCGCUAAAGAGCAAGACGAUGCUGACUUGUGGGAAGACCUUCUUGACUACUCUAUGGACAAACCCCGCUUCAUACGUGGUUUGCUAGAAGAAGUUGGCACGUCCAUCAAUCCCAUAACUCUCGUCCGCCGGAUCCCUGAAGGUCUUGAGAUCGAAGGUCUACGAGAAGGACUGAGUCGCAUGAUCAAAGAGUACGAAAUCCAACACAGCAUCAGCGAUGGUGUUGCGAGAGUUCUAAGGGGCGAAGUAGCAUUGGCACAGAACACUCUUCGCUCGGGCCAACGAAAGGGCGUCAAGUUCGACGUCGUGCAUAAAGAAGGUGAUCACGUAGAUGUCGAAUCCUCAGACGUCCCAACAAACACAGAAGACACUUCUGCACCUCAAGUUGCAAAGGACUUCGCUGACCACGCUCAUAAACGGCCGCCUCCAGCACCGGGUCACUGUGUAGGGUGCCACGAAGCCUUUUCGGAUCAUGAAACGGAGACUCUUGUAGGAUUUGCCUGUGGCCACGUCUUUCAUCUGAGCCAUUUGCUCAGCUAUGAACAUGAGGGUGAGGAAGAGAGGCCGCCUACACCACCUGAGUUGGAUGAGAAUGGAGAGUGGAGUGCGGUACAUAGCGUUAGUGCGAAGGUCACUCAUGCGAGGUUGAUGCGGGAUAGGAUCAGAGAUGGAUGUCCGGUUUGUGCAAGGAAAGAGGUGUAAGAUCAGAUAAUUGGGUGAAAUCAAUGGGAGCGAUGUCUUCAAAUGUAUUAUUGUAUGCUCUUCGUUCGUUGUGUCAGGAUGCGAGUGAAAAGGAUGGUAAGGAAACGAUAUUGCUUCUACUCUGGGACAUUGAGAUUCAGAGUGGCCAUACAGCCGAUCAGCAACGACCGAUGAGCUUCCCUCAUCCGUUAAAAGACUCUAAAAAGUUCCUAAGUAGGCCGAUCGGCUCAUGGCCCUCAGCUGAUGACGGACCAACUGACUGGUUGAUUGGCUACUUUGGCCACAAAGUUGCUCAAAGCAGAGUGGACAUGCCAAACAAAACGAUACUUUUGUUUUCUUUAGUAAAAUAUUAAAUCUUUCAAAC